UGACGUUAUCUUUGUUAUGAUUCAUCAUCAUUCGAUCAUCGAAAGAGAAGUUGUGAGACAAGAAAACCGUUAUUUAGAACCUCCAUUUUCACUGGCUUCAAAAGGUGUUACAAGAAUAACAAGGUAGACAAAAUGGCAGAGGCAAGUAGAGUGACAUAUUCAUCUUUACAAGAUGCUGAGAGGGAACAUGAAGAUGCAAGAGACUCCCUGAAGAUGUUACAGAAAUGCCAUGACAAGGCUUAUGCUGAUAUUCAAAUGGCCUUAAGACUAGAUGAACAAUCCAAAAGAGAAGAAGCCAUUCGAUUCUAUACCACAGGACUGAAAAGCAUUGCUCAGGCAAUGAAGAUUGAUUGCAAAGGGAGACAUUGUGUAGGAUCACACUGGGACCAUGCAAGAAACAUGCAACAGAAGAUGAAGAAAACAGCCAUACAGAUGAAGACCAGACUGGAAUGUCUUGAACAGGAGCAGAAGUCAGUUUCGAUGGGUGGGGCAUGUGGGACUGACCAAGAUGAAGUAGAUGCAGACAUCCUAAGAAGCCUCUAUGAAGACAACAGUUCUUGUGGAAGUCUACCAUCGUAUGCCCAAUCAACAGCAGAUGCCAGAGAGGUGCUUCACAUCAAACAUGGUGUCCAACUCUUCUUUAUCAACUCCAGCGGUCAGGUGAGCGCACCUAGUACUCCAGGACCUCUUAAGAUGUACAAGUUCCCUGAUGAUCAAGCACUAGGGCAGGACCAACCUCCAGCAUUCCUGCAGAUAGGGGAGUGGCUGUACCCUCUCCUGCCAGGCCAGUCACCUUCUCUCAAGGCUGCCGAUGGUGUCUAUAUGUUCCCUGAUCUCAGCUCGUUGGACAAGGGGGACAGUGUUGGUGUAAUUUUUGCACCACAGGUAUCAAAAUCUGAAAAGUUGAAAUUCCAACAGUUAAUUCAAGAACUUACCGCCAUGAAAGAAGAGCAAGUACCUUCAGUACAGGAGGCUGCAUCAUCAUGUGUACCGAGUGAGAAUCACAGGGUACCAUCAGAGAGGAUAGAGGACAGAGAGGCUGAUGAGGAGGUUAUGGAUACCCAAGAAGAAGGACAGAAGUAUAGAGAUGUCAGUCAGAAGAUAGCAAAAGGCAUAGAAGUUGGUGCUGAAUGGAUAUCAUGGGGAGUAGUGAAAGGAGCUGAGAUCGGAAGCAGAUUAGUUGGUUCUGGAGCAAGGAAAUUAAAAGAACAUAUCCAGCCUGAUGAGCAGCCUAAAGAGAUUGAUGAGAAAUAUCAAACAGGAAUGGUGUAUGCCAAGAAAGCUACAGGAGUAGCUGUCAAGGUGAGUGUGGUGGUGUUGGAAAGCGUAUGUUUCUUGACCAAGCGUGUGGCCGAAGAGGUUGGACCAAUCAUCAGUAAGCAAGCUAAUAAGAUGCUGGCAAAUGGUGAAGAUGAACCGGAUGGAAAGGCUAAAGCUGUCUUAGAUGGUGUUGUGACUGUGACAGCUAGUGGUCUCUCAGGAUUCGGUAAAGUUUAUCGUGGACUGGAGACUGCAGCUAUUCAGAUGGCAAAGAGUAUAUCACAUGCAACUGUACAAACUGUAGAGCACAAAUAUGGUGAGGACGCUGGUCGAUUGACAGACAACUCCUUGGCCACUGUAGGUAACAUUGGUAUAUCAGCUCAUAUCUUCAACAACCUUGGAGUCAAAGCAAUUGCCAAGAGGACUGCUAAGGACACUGGGAAGGUCGUCGUCAGAGAGAUGGGAGAGUCAAAAGAUGAGAGUAAAAAGCCCAAGAAGACUUGAUUCUGAAAACCAUACUCCCAAGCUGUAAAUGUGUGCAUUAAGAUAUGUGGAGGAAUAUUGUAAGAACAUUUGCUUUAAAAUCUGUGGCCUGUAUUCUGAACUCGGCUUAAAUUAAACCCUGGUCUAAAGUUGUGAUUUAAUUAUGGAUAGCCAAUUGUUACACAAUCAGUAACAGUACAAGUUUGAUUUAUCAGCUUAUCUGUUACUCAGAUCAUUCAUAGCUGUCUGAGAAUAAUAACUGAAUUAUUUUAUUUGCCAUUGUUGCAUGAAGAAAGAGCACAAUAAACAAAAGAAAUAUACAAUAUUCACACAGUGUUGACACGUUUGGCUUUCCAUAAUCUUUGCACAGAGUUAGACUAUGGCAUAAAUUAAAGUGGACUUCAGAAUAGGGGCCAGAAACUUGUCAGCUUUCAGGGGAAUGUGACAUGAUUCAGAUGUUUACCCAGUAACAGGUGCUGUCAAUCAUCAAGAAUGGAAUCUAGUUUGAUGACCAACAGACCUUUGUAUGCCCUGUAUAUUCCAUGUAUUACCAGUGCCCAUGGCAUAAAAGUUAUGGGAACUUUGCCUUGCAAUGGUUACUUGUGUGGAAUCCUUGAUUUGAUUGGCUGUUGAUCAGCGUUACCAUGGUAGUUACCAUUGGAUGGCAAACUGGAUGCAACUGGGCUCUGACAUGGUAAAGUCAUUGUUUCACUGUGGCAAUAAUUCCUGAAAUAAUCCAAGAAAUGUCUAUAUGCUCUAUACAUGUAUAAUUCAGCUGUUCACAGAGAUGAAGGUCUUUUAUUGGUAUUUUCAGACUUUCAGUGCAUCCCAGAAGUCUACUGUUUGAAAAUUUAAUUAAUUCUCAACACAAACUGACGAGUCUAAGACUUCAAUACUGAGGAUAUUAGCUAGGACAAUGAUGUCUGUAAAAUGUAAUAAUUAUGUAUCUCCCUUGCCCAUAUGAAGGUAAUUUGAAAAUAUUGAUACUUUGAUGUGAUUGAUAUGGGUAUGAUUAUAGAGUAUUUUUGCACCAGAUAUUAUAUCAGCAUCUCUCUUUGGAAAAAUAGCCUUCAACUCUCAGUAAAUGAAUUGAAUACAUUUUGCUAUCAACUCAUAAAUGAUAAUCUUAGUAAAUACAAGUAACAUGUAAUUACAUUCUUUGCCAACUAUAUAUCAUUGGAUGAUAUUCCAUUCUUGGGAUUCUACAGGUUACAUUUGCUACGUUCUGAAAGACUUCUUAUGAGAGUAGAAGAUGCUUACAGUUCACCUUGUGGUUAGUCCAAAGUAAUUGAAUGAAGAGAAGAAGCUAAAAUUGAAAAUGAAUGAGUUAGAGUAAGAAUUGAAAGGUGAGAAGGAGAUAGAUGCGAGAGGAAGGUAUUCUUUUGUGAAAUUAGUGUAGUCCUUAAGAGGACUGUAAGUCAGAUGACAUGUGAUGAUGUGAAGAAAGAGAAUGGAUUCACUUGGGAGUCCAGACAGCAAUUACUAGAUGAGAUGGUACUUUCUGUUAGGAGUUAUCUUAUAUGAGCAUGUUUUUGUGCCUUUUCAUGUUUGCUUCAGGAUUUAUGAUACCUCAUUUUCAGAGAUAACACUGUAGCUCUCACUGAAUCUAAUUAAUUUCAGAUCAUGUUUCUUUCAUGCCAGAGAAAACAAAAAUUGAAAAAUAGUCAUAAAUUGCUCUCUAUCAAAUGUAAAAGGCACGUUUUCACUUUUUUUAGUUUUGCUUGUUCAGUUAGAAAUACAAUUUUAAAAUGGUUGCUAUAUAAUCAGACUUGAAAUGCUUUAGAGUUACAAGAUGUGCUUCUUUACAGAGUCGAAAUGAAUGAAACUGAAAUUACCGAUAUUUACAUGUAUGUGAUAUUUUCCUUUAAUAUAUGAAUAUUGCAGAUGAGAUUGUUUAUUUUGAAGUCAAGUCAUAUGUUGUUAUUUACAUUUCUUUGGAGUUAGUAAUGUAUAGUUUUCCAGCAUAUCUUGUCAUUAUGUCAGUGUUUUAAUUGGAAAUGCUUUACAUUUGCUUCAUACAUUGGUGUAUAUUGCAUAGUAGAUGAUAAUAAUUAUGCUUAUUUCAACAGAAAAGAAAAUUGUGGUGCAAUAUGGUAUGCAUAUAAGUUAUGCUACAUGUAACUCAGUUUAUUACAAAAUUUAUGCACAAACUGCUGGCUGAAGCUUAUUUGAGAAGCAAACCUACUCUGAGGGUAAUUAUGUAUGUUUAUAUAUUGAGUAACUUAUAAAGAUUCAAUACAUGUAUGUAAUGAAUUAUAACACUAGCUAAUGAUCUAUUAGUGAAUGAUGAUAAUAGUAUGCACCAUGUAAAUAGCGCUAAAUUGUCUUGAUUUGGGGUAAUAACAGAAUUUUGACUUAUAUUUCUUUUAUGUCAGAGAUGCCAAGUUCAAAGACCAGCUAUGCGUGAGAUUUUCUGUGAAUCUGAGUGAGAU